AUGAUUGGUGUGAAAAUAUCUAACACAUACGGAAUCGAACAUCCCUACUGGCUGAACUUUAACCGAUUAUUUGGCGGUAUCUCUCGAAGGCAGGACAACAUAACUGGUGCGAAAGCCUUGCAAAUGGUUUAUCAAAUUCAUGAUCCGUCUGACGAAGGCGCCCGCGAAAACGUUCUCAACUGGGAGAAGAAAUUUACCGAUAAAAUGGUCUUGGUAGACACACUUCCCUGCUUCGAAGUCCACUACUCGAGUGAGACGAGCCUGGAUGACACUGUCGCUGAGAGCACUGGAUCCGAUGUCAAAUUGGUGUCAAUCUUUUAUACUCUCAUGGUCUCCUUUGCUUGCAUCAUGCUAGGAAAGUUUUCAAAUCCAUUGACCGGCCAUUCCCUGCUCGCUAACGCAGGAGUGUUCGCAGUGACUCUGGAUAUUUUAGCCGGACUCGGCCUCGGUAUGUGGUUCCAAGUGCCAUUCGUCAGUAUCAAAGGAGUGCUUCCGUUCCUGAUCCAUGGAAUCGGCCUUGACGGCAUUUUCAUUCUGGCAGAUUAUCUUGAUCGACAGCCACAUGACCUGGCAACGACUGAAAAGAUCAAAGGAGAGAUGAGGCAUACUGGUGCAACUGUUACCAUGACAACUAUAGCAGAUUUGGUGGCGUUUGCAGUGAGCACAUCCGCUUCAUUUCCAGCCAUUAGAUAUUUCUGCAUCUACGCUGCUCUGACGGUAACGUCAUCCUUCCUAAUGGACUUCCUAAUGGUUGUCACCUUCUUUGUGGCCAAAAUGACCUAUGAUGUAAGAAGAAUUAAAUCUGGUCGCAGAGAUUGCCUCCCAUGCUGCUUGGCACCGCGAACCAAAGAUGGAGAGCCAGCCUUGGACGAGCCCAUCACACAGACGUCAAGUCGAGUCACGAAGGCUUGGGGAAAAUUCUUGAUGCUUCCAGAAACGAAAAUUGAGGCUACAAUUAUCUCGCUGGUGCUGAUUGGAGCUGGGAUUUACGGAGUCACCCAUGUGGACGAGGCGUUUAACAGAAAAAUAGCAGAGGAUGAUUCUUACUUGUGUUACGAGGAUCGAAAAAACGCUAUGCUCACACUUUGUGAAGAUAUCAAAGAAAAGUCGGAACUUGAUGUCUAUCCAAUUAAUCGACUCUUCAUAUACUUUGAGCAGUACGCCAUUACCUCCAGGGAAACCGUAAGGAAUCUUAUAAUCGCAGCCAUAGCAGUACUUCUUGUUACCAGUCCCAUUUUGGUGGGCUGUACGGUUACAUUCCUUGUGAUGCUGAGCUUUGCGGACCUGAUAGGCGAGUUUUUUGGACUAAUGGUCAUCUGGAAUGUUUCCCUUAACUCUGUUUCCAUGGUUAACCUCGUUAUGGCCACUGGAUUUGCAGUCGAUUACAGUGCACAUAUAGCGCAUGCGUACAUCACAUCAAAUGAGGGAACAGUUAAUGGACGAGUAAUGGAUGCCUUGAGUACUUUAGGAGCAAGUGUAUUUAUGGGAGGAUCCAGUACCUUCCGUAGCAUGGUCGUUCUUGCAUUUGCGGCAUCACAGAUCUUCCGAAUAUUCUUCAAAAUGUUCUUCGGUAUCGUCGUGCUCGAUCUUGUCCAUGGCUUGUGCAUCCUACCUGUUCACCUAUCCUUGCUUUGCUGGAGACCAGCUGUUAGAAUCAGGCCUCCCUUACCCGAGGACACUUCUGGGAAACAAAGUAAUGUAUGCAGCAGGGUGGAUGCACUCUGCGCUCCUGAAUCUGGAAAGAAUAAUUGUGACAGGCAAACAAACGUCUAA